UCGGUGCUUUGGCGUUACUUCAACCAGAGAAGGGUACGAAUUAAAAUACUAAUUUGUGACGGACGAUACCUUACAGAAAAAGUACUGUGGAGCAAUACUUAUUUAUUUGUUGUAGCAGUGACUGGCUUACACAUCCUGACUAAGACUUAAUGCCAUCAACAGAACAUGAACUGGACCAUUUGGGUUUUGUUUGUGGGCCUUCUGUGGAUUGCCCAAGGAAUGAAACCCUGCAAAGAAGAUGGUACUAGUAAUGUGAGAAAUUGUUUGCUCAAUAAAAAAGGUUUUGUUGUUCCUGACAACUUCAAUGGCAUCAUCAGCACCCAUUUGCAUCUGACAGAUAAUUGCAUAAUAUUUCUGCAGAAAGACCCAAAAGACCAAGGAAAGUGGAGCCAAGAGUUGCCUCAAAUGCAAACAAAGAAUGGUACCUAUCUACUGUUCAUUUCAAAAUGGCAUACCAAGAAAAAUAUACAGCUGUAUGUUAUGAGCGGGAAGCAGUGCAACGAUACACUAUCUAGGCUCUCAGAUUCAACAAAUAAUCACUGCAAUCAAAGCGAUUCAAUGAGUACCUUCAGUCAGAACGAUCAUUGCCAGGUUAGAUGUUUUCAUACAAACACCAUAUGUAAUGAAUCUACUUAUGCAGAGGCCUGCAGUGACUUCUCUUUCGGUUCAAAAAACAAUGACAAGUACAUCGUCAACCUAACAGCAACAGGCAAUGUCUGUAUUAACUGUAAUAAUCCAGUGAAAAAGCCUGAGAAGACACUUGAGCCCGAUGAUUUAAAAAAUCUCAAUAUUACAUUUGAAAUUGAAGAGGGAGAAGAAGUCAGCCCUGCCCAAGCUGCUAAAGUCAUGAGCAGCAUGUCCAACCUUGUCGCUGCCCUCAACGUGUCUUCAGCUGAACUGAACCUGGGAGAAGGAGUUACGGGUAUCUUAGUGAGAGAAACACAGCCUGAGGAUGUGGAUGAAGUCUCCUUUGCUUAUUUGAAUCCAAAUGAGAGCAUAAAUAUUUUAGACAGCAGGGAUGGUGUGAAAGCAUUUUCAAGAUCUGUUACCGUGACAAAAGAAGCUUUUACAAAAUCUGCCCGUUCAAACAUUAGUGUAGCAUUUGCCUCUGUUGUCCGAUUCAUCAAUAUGGCCAAGGAUGAGAUGAACAGCACUGUUUUGGGUAAUGAGGUUCUAGCCAUUGAAAUGGGAACCGAGAUCCGCAAUCUCACAGACAAAAUACUCAUCAGUUUUCGAAAUAUGGAAUACGAAGGAUUUCCAUCUUGUCACUCAUGGAAUGGUGAAGGGAGCCGACCAAACUGGACUAGUGACGGAUGCUGGACAUUAACAGAUGGACAGAACAUUACAUGCCAGUGUUCACAUUUGACUUUUUUUGCUAUCUUAUUGACUCCUCUUCAUGAAACCAUUUCCAGUUCUGACCUGAACAGCCUCACCAUUAUCACCCAAGUUGGCUGUGGGUUGUCCAUGUUCUUCCUUGGAAUAGUCCUCUUCAUGCAUUAUGUUAUGAGGAAUACGAAGGCCAGUAAAGCCACAAGGAUUCUGAUCAACCUGGUGUUAGCCAUGUUCCUGCUGAACUUCAGUUUCCUGGUCAACAGCCCUGUGGCAAAACUGAAGAACUCUGUGGGUUGUAAGAUCAUGGCAGCUCUCAUGCACUACUUCAUGUUGGCUACGUUCACUUGGUUUGCUGUGCAGGCCUUCCACCUCUGCCUGCAGCUGUACAUGGGGGGCAAAAUUGGCAUCCGUCGCUACAUACUCAAAGUCUCCAUUACCAGUUGGGUACUACCAAGUGUAGUCGGGAUUAUCCUGCUCAUCAUAGGAAAAUAUGGUGAACAAGUCAUCGAAACUAAUGACUCUAACGAAAAAGUGUCCCUGUGCUGGAUAACAGACAGUGACACCCACUACGCUGUCAACAUAGGCUACUAUGUGUUGGUCUUCAUCUUCACCUUAACUACCUUCACCAUCAUAUUGUCCUGGCUCUUCUGUCUCAAGAGAACCAGCGUAGGCAAAAUGCAAAUUGGCAAAAGUGGCAAAAGUGGCAAAAGUAUUGUAACCAUCCUGGGACUGUGUUGCAUGCUGGGUCUCACAUGGGGUUUUGCCUUCUUCGCCUACGGCGUCCUCCGGAUCCCGGCCUACUACAUUUUCACAGUUCUCAAUUCUUUCCAAGGUUUCUUCCUGUUCAUCUACUACUACAGCACCAGCCACGCGGGAGAGAUAAAUGCUGGCCAAAGUAAUUCCAGCAGCAGCAUCAGCACUCUUAAUACCAGCCUGGGCAGCUCUAGGAACCCCUAUGGCAACAUGCCAGCCAAAAAAUAAACCCUUGGGAGACGAAUGGGAUGGGAUGAAGAGACAGUGGUGGAAUUUAUUUGUUGAUUUAUAUUUUGUAUUAACAAUCUAAAUCUGCGAACUAGUAAAAAGUUGAGUAGAAAGUACAAAAGUAAAAUUGUACUUAAGUACAGGACUAGACUAAGUGUACUUUGUGACUUCUUCACUGUGGUGGAAUUUAACUAUCAGCUUUAAAUAGACUACACGCAAUUACAAAUAAUUAACUGUAAAGUCUACUGAUGUAUAGCAUUGUAAUGGGCACCUGUCCUUACAUAUUGUUAGUUAUUAGUGUAUAUGAAAUUUGCUUAAAUACUAAAUUUCUGUUUAUCUUUGGGAUAGAAUUUGGUUUGUACAAUCUUUACUAGGGUACAUGAUUCAUGCUGUUAAGUUUUGACUUUGAGACUUAUUUUUAAGUCUGUAUUGAGCAUUUACUUUUUAAACUCAACUUCCAAGAAUCUGAUCUUUAAAU